UACUAUCAACCACAGAGCUGUGUGGUGUGUGUGCGCGCGCGCUCCUGCAGAGUUCGGUUACCGUAUGGCCUUCAUGUUGCUAGCUCACACAUACUGUAUCAGUGCGUAGCGUGAAGAUUUUCUCUCGUUAAAGUAAAAAUGGCCUCCGGAGCCGAGAGAGCAGAAGCUGGAGACAGCGAUCAGGACGAAGAAGAUGUUUAUGAAGUGGAGAAGAUUAUUGACACGAGGGUGGAGGAGGGAGAGGUGCAGUAUCGGGUGCGAUGGAAGAACUAUUCGUCGGACGAUGACACCUGGGAGCCCGAGGCGCACCUGGACGACUGCAGGGAGGUGCUGCUGGCCUACAAGAAGAACUUGGCUGAGAUAAAGGCAAAGAAAGACACUGGCAUGAAGCUGCCCAUGAAGAGUGAUUUGUUUGACGCUGACUCCGAGAGUGAGAGCGAUAAAGACAAACCCAAAGAAUCAUCUCCAAAGAAGAAAAAGAAAAAUAAGAAAUUUGAUGAAUCUGAGGAUGAGAUGCCAGCGAAGGAAAAAAAGAAAAAGAAGAAGGACAAAUGGAGAGAUGACAGACCUCUGCCAGCUCCCGAAUCUGAUGAAGAGGAAGAGAGCAGACAUUCCUCACCCGCACCUCCUAAAAAAGAGCAGAAGAAGAGGCUCAUUGAAUCCGAUGAAGAUGAUGGCCCAGUUACCAUUAAGAAACAAAAGAAAGACGGCAAGGUGAAAGAUGGAGGUAAGACAAAGAAAGACACUGUAGAGGAGCGCAAGAAAAAGAAAGUGAAGUCAAAAAAGGAGAUCGACUCCUCGGACGAUGAGGGUGAUAAGAGUGACGCACCCUCCGAGUCCCACACGGAUGAUACGACGAACACGGAAGCCCCUAAUGAUUCCUCCAAAAUCACGACAGCCAAGGCCGUGGACAAACCCGCUCGAAGUGAGAACGGGGGCGAUUCCAAACAGGCCAAGCUGAAGAAAGUGAAGUCUGACUCUAAGAUGCAAGGUUUCAAGGACCAUCAGGAGAAGAAGCAUAAGAAAGCAGAGCUGUCGACGGCCACUCUCAAAGAGAGCAGCUUAAACAAGCUCAAGAGCAUAACUAGCAGCAAGAGCAUCAGCAAAUCUUCUCGCAGCGAGGAGGAGCCUGACUCCAGCGAUACUGGGGCGACAUCGUCGGCAGCCAAAUCGAAGGUCAAAAGCAAAGGUCAGGAUGCAGCCCCACCAUCUCAAAAGCUCUCAUCUGCGUCUUCCUCUUCUUCCUCAACAUCAUCAACGGCCCCCACCAAGCCCAAAGAGGAGGAGCCAAAAGAGGAAGGCGGGGAGAAGGGAGGUGCCUCCACUAACCUGUUUGAAAAGUUCUUGCUGAACUGUGAGGCGAAAGAUCGUGCACCAAGGAGACCAGCAGAACAGACCAAGAAUGCUGCUCCAAAGGCCACGGGGAAAACCGACAAGAAAGCAAAAGUGUCAAAGCAAUCUCCUGGACGCAAACCAGAAUCAGAGAAGUCCGACAAGUCAAAAGAUGCAGCUCGAUCCGGUCAGAGUCCCAUUCCUAUGGAGACAGAUGAGAAGGGUACGUUCGAAACAGACAAAAGCGACAAAUCAGACGAGCCGCCCCCCAAGUCAAAGGAAGAAUUACUACGGGAACAGAGAGAGGUGGAGCAAAGGAGGAGGAAAGAAAAGAUGGAAGAAGAGGAAAGAAAGAGGAAAGAACGGAUUGAAGAAGAGGAAAGGAAGAAGAAGGAGAGGAUAGAGGAAGCCCAGCGGGAGAGGAAAGCAAGGUUGGAGGAGGCGCAGAGACUUGCAGAGGAGGCCCGGCAGGAACGUCUGGAACGGAAGUCCAUGGCUGAACCAAUGGCAUCUCCUGACUCCACAGAAGACUCCAGAUGGAAAGACAAGAGAAGGAGAAAAAGGGAGGACAGUGAAUCGCGGCUCUUCAUUGCUUGCGAUGACAAUCAGGACUCUCAAGAGCCCACGGAACGCUCAGACAAAACUCCUGACCGGGCACCGCCUUCUCUUAAUCUUGGGGUGGAGCUCAAGCUGGACUGGAUGACACUGGAGGACUUUCAGAAACACUUGAAUGGAGAAGAUGAGAAUCUCUCUCCACUAUCCUUAACCCCUACUGAGUUGCGAGAAGCAGUGAAAAAUGGGAAUUACCUAUCGGUAAAACGUGCACUUAGUUCCAAAGAGGACUACAAUCUGGAUCAGGAGGAUUCUAGCGGUAUGUCCUUAAUGCUGCUGGCGGCGGCAGGCGGACAGGAUGACAUCCUCAGGCUGCUCAUUAAGAAAGGUGUGAAGGUCAACGCCCGGCAGAAGAAUGGCACCACAGCCCUGAUGCAUGCUGCAGAAAAGAACUUCUUGACGACAGUGGCUAUUCUCCUGGAGGCAGGUGCUUCCGUAAAUGCCCAAACACUUGGUGGAGAGACAGCUCUUAUGAAGGCUUGUAAGAGGGGAAAUGCAGAUGUAGUGCGCCUCCUCCUGGAAUAUGGGGCAGACUGCAACAUCAUGUCUAAACAUAAGAACACUGCCUUGUACUAUGCCAAAGUUAGCAACAACGUGAUAGUUUAUGAUCUCAUCAAAGACCACAUGCAAACAUUAUCGACAGUGGCGGAGGAGACAAUCAGAGCCUAUUUUGAAACUCGGCUGGCCCUGCUGGAACCCGUGUUUCCUCUGGCUUGCCACAGACUGUGCGAGGGACCAGACUUCUCACUGGAGUUUAACUACAAACCCCCUCAACCCACACCUGGAGAAGGAUCUGGCAUUCUGCUUUUUAUCUUUCAUGCAAACUUUCUUAAUGAGAUCACAGCUAGACUCUGCGGGCCGUGUAGUGUUCAUGCAGUCGUCCUGAAUGACAAGUUCCAGCUGCCCAUCUUCUUGGACAGCCAUUUCAUCUACUCUUUCAGUCCCGUUCAAGGAGUCAACAAACUGUUCAUCCGUCUGGCAGAGUCACCAACAGCUAAGGUUAAACUCCUCAUUUGUGCAUACAGAGUCCAGCUGCAGUGAUGCCACAGUCAUUCCUUCCAGGUCAAAGGUCACUGCAGAAGCCCUGCCUCUCCAAGAGAUUUUUCCUACACUUCUAAACCGUGUCAUGACAUGCUGAGCAGAAGACUGUUUAGAAAUAUAUUUAGAACUGUUUAGACAUUUAUUUGUUUUACCGUGUUAAAAGACUGAAGGUACUAAAAGGUCUUUAAGAAAUUCAGAGUGACUUUCAAUACCUGCUCUGUUAAGUGUUGAAUGAGUUUCUGGAGGUUCUGUGACGAUGUCCAACACAUUUUGGAGUUCAGCUGCAUCUCACAGGAGGUCAGCAUAAAAUGUGACAAAUUGGGCUUGCAUCUAAGGGUCAUUUGUAAAUCUUGUUUGUAAAGUGUUCCUUUUUAUUUUUUCCUUUUAAAUAGAAUAAUUUAUCACCUUAGAUUUAUUCGUUUUGUUUUAAGUUCUGUGUGUUUAGCCCGACCACACAUUGUCCGAUGUCGGAAUUGCUUGUGAAGAAUGAAUGAAUAAAUGUAUGAGUGGGAGGGUGUGUGAAUGAAUGAAUGAAUGAAUGAAUGAAUGAAUGAAUGAAUGAAUGAAUGAAUGAAUGAGCAGUUUUCGCCUCCCUUCUUUAUGCUUGUGGGACCAUGACAAGACUGUACCUAAAUGUGAUUGAAGGGUCCUACAGAAAUGCAAUCUUUCCUUUUUCUUUCUUAGAAUCUUAAAGUUGUGAACUAUGGUGUGGUUUCUAAAUCAGACAACCGGAAUCCACUGCAGUUGAGAAAAUGAAAGAAUGUAUACGUUUUGGGCUAAAAGUACAUUUUUAAGGGCUAGUGUUCGUCUGCAUUGACAGUAAGGAUUCACACAGGUGGAAGCCAUCCGAAUUGGGAGGGAUCUGUAAAGAAAUGCUGGUUCUGGAUUAGUACAAAACACAUUAUCCAUUUUUUACCUUUGUGUACAAUUUGUAUUUCUCAUAACAGUUCAGUUUUGAAAAACUAUUACAUUUCUAGCACACAAGUCAUCUGGCAUUGCUUACAUAGUUCUUGUACUAUUCACAAACAUUGCGUAAAAUUAUUUAUAACUAGACAAAGAGUUCAGUUUAGAAUGUAAAGCUGGACUCAUCCUGUUCUCUCUGGAAAGACCAUGGCGAGUUCUUUCAUUCUGCUGUUUUUCAUGGCCUACCUCUUUUUGUUCCUUCAUUGUGUUGUUAGUAGAGAAAGACUGCUCAUUGAUUCACCUCCUCUUUGACUAAAAUAAACUGUACAUAUGUUUCCAUAACAA